AUGGCCAAGCUCGAUGGUGGCACGGGUGCGUCUUGGGUGCGCCCCUUGGAUAACGAUGUUUCGGGUCGGCUGGGAGUGGUGACGGGGGCAAGUGGCGGAAUCGGGUCUGCAUGUGCAAGAGCAUUGGCCCAAGAAGGAUGCGAUCUGGGCCUACACUACCACUCCAACCCAGAUUCUGCUGCCAAGCUUGCAUCGGAACUGCGUGCAAAGCAUCCGGCGCAAACGUUCACACUCCACCGGGCCAACUUAAGCAACAGAGAAGAGACCCAGAGCCUGAUCAGCUCCGUUCUCCAAGCGCACGCGGAGCGCCACAGGUCGAUCUCCAUCAUCGUGCUCAACGCUGGCCUGGCGCGACGGAUCCGAGAUGUAGCGGACAUCAGUCUGCAGGAUUGGGAAGACGUCAUCCAGGUCAAUUGUACUAGUCCGUUUAUCCUCUUGAAGAGCUGUCUGGAUGAUGCAGGCGGAAAGAUGCGCACUGCUCGCUGGGGAAGGGUCGUUCUGAUCGGCAGCAUCUCAAGUAAAGGUGGAGGAAUCAAUGGAUGCCAUUAUGCUGCGAGCAAAGGGGCGUUGUGUUCAAUGGGCUUGAAUCUUGCCCGCGUCCUGGCUCCCGACAACAUCACUGUCAACUGUAUCAGUCCUGCGCUCAUUGGGGAUACCGGGAUGGUCCCGGCGGUCCAGCCACCACGCCCACAUGGAGACCCGACAUCAACAGGAGAGUCCGGGACCCUGCAGCUGGCGGAUAUUGGAACACAGUUGGCUUCGACCAUCCCAUUGGGCCGGCUCGGCCAUCCCAGUGAGGUGGCCAACGUAGUGGUCAUGUUGGCCAAAACUGGAUACAUGACUGGCCAAGAGAUCGUCUUGGGUGGGGGCUUGCACUGA